UCAUUUCGUACUAAAGUCAUCAUAUGAUUGUCGUUGGCAGACGACAACAAACUUGUCUGGUCCCUCGGUGUUGAAGUGUCGGACGCACUUAGUAUCCUGUGAUUUAUCCACCUUAAUUCUGAAAAAAUGGCGUUGAGCGAUGCAGAUGUGCAGAAACAGAUCCAUCAUAUGAUGGCCUUCAUUGAGCAGGAGGCUAAUGAAAAGGCUGAAGAAAUAGAUGCUCGUGCUGAGGAAGAAUUUACAAUUGAGAAGGGUCGUCUUGUCCAGCAGAACCGUCUGAAGAUCAUAGAGUACUAUGAAAGGAAGGAGAAGCAAGUCGAACUCCAAAAGAAAAUUGGUGCAAGCAACCAGCUGAACAAAUCCCGUUUGGAAGUACUGAAAGCCCAGGAAGCCCACAUUAGAAAUGUAUUGCAUGAAGCCAGACAGAAACUUCAUGUCAUCACCCAGAAUGAAACAAAGUACCAGAAGCUUCUCGAGGAUCUCAUUUGCCAGGGGCUCUGUCAGCUGUUGGAACCAGAGCUGAUUAUCAGGUGUCGCCGUGCUGAUCAUAGUCUAUAUAGAAACUGUGUUAUACCACUAGCUGCACAAAAGUACGAGGAUCAGACUGGACGCACUUGUAAAUUGAUUGUCGACACUGCAAAUUGGCUGCCAGCAGAAAUCUGUGGUGGUAUUGAACUUCUCACAAAGGGAAACCGCAUCAAGGUCUCAAACACUUUGGAAGCCAGAUUGGAGAUGUUGGCCCAACAGAUGCUUCCUGAAAUAAGGGAAAUGCUUUUUGGUGCCAAUCCAAACCGUAAAUUUGAUAAUUAGAUCAUCUGCCAAGCACAAUUUUUUUUUCUCCCCAUACCUUGUAAUAGUUAAUUUUGAGGUCUUGUAUGUGCGAUCUAUAUAGAUAGUGUUGCUGUUUUGUGGAUUCUUCACUAUUAAGCAUGUUGUGAAAGGAUUAUGUGGGUUUCUCUUUUAUUUUUACAUGACAUUCCAGGUUGAUCUGUUUGUUGGCAGAAAGUAGAGGAUGCUUUUUACAGUUUUGUGACUAAAUUUUCAUGGUGGGUGAAGACAAAAUUUGUUGAUGACUGCAAAAUCCAUUGUUAGACUUAAAAGUAAAAAGCUGUACGUUAGAAUUUAACCACUCAAGUCAAGCACCAAGAAGGGCUUACCAGGUAGAAAGGUUUGUGUACUUACCAGGCUGUAUGUUGAAUGAAGAAAUUUUUCUGUAUAUUUAUUAACUAAUAAUGGUUUCUGUAAAAAAAAAUUGAUAAAGUCUUUAAAAAUCAUUAUUAGUUAUUUUUGUAAAUAAUUGUCUCACCAGAUCAGACUUGCAAAUUAAGAUGCUCUUUCAGAAUCAUCAUUGUAAAUACUACACGAGGUUAGAGGUAAAUCCUGAAACAUUAGAGUGAUUAAUUUUCCUUGCAAGUACUGAUGAGCUGUCAUUCUCAAAUUUCCUAGUGUUUCAGAAAUUUCAGUAAGCCUUGACCUUUGUUUGAAAAUUGUAAAAGUUCAUAAUUUUAAUGGGAGUACUGUUAAUGUAGACAGUGAGAAUAAAAAUUAUACUCUUAA